ACUUCAAGAUGGCGGCCUGUCAGGUGUCAACAAAGGGUGACAACCCCGAGGAGUGUCCAGUGUGCCUGACAGGCUUUGAUGACUUAGUACAGCGGCCACGCACUCUGCCCUGUGGCCACACAGUCUGCACACUGUGCACAGAUAAGCUGAAGGAGCAGGGCCGUGUUACCUGUCCGGAGUGCCGCGUCAGCCAUGUCGUGCCCGAAGGCGGGCAGUUCCCUGUCUGCUAUAUAGUUGAGGCCUUCAUAAGAAGGCUGAGAGAUGGCAAGGCGGCACCAGCAGCCUCGCCGCCACCCAGUGCCGGGAAGGGGAAAGGGGCAGCAGGAUCAGCUGGCAAGAAGGGAGCAGCGGGUCUCUCCAAGAAAAUGCGUUCCUUUCUGCAGGAACAGGAGGCCACAGUUGUGGCCGCCAUCACCGCCUGCCAGGAGGCUCAGUCCCAGCUGGACCAGUAUGAGGCCACCCUGACAGGCUGGGGCGAGCGGCAGCAGCAGCUGGAGGACAGCCUCCAGGGACUGAUGGACCAGAGCAGGAGUUCCAGGGAGCUCCUGCAGCAGGAAAAGUUCCGUGUGGCACCGAAGAGGAAGGAGGCAAAGAAGAAGGAGCAGGAGCUGCAGGCUGUGCGGGAGAAGUUGCGCACUCCUGCAACAGAGCAAGAGGCACUCAAGGUUGUGGGAACUGUGUUUCACCUCACAAGUGAGGCGGAGCAGGUGUUGGAGGAGGGCCAGCAGUGUUUCCCUGACGCCGGCAUCCUCACCACCGCCAGGAAGGUGAGAGAGGCAUCUAGUGCAGCCCUGGAGGCCGCCAAGGCUGUCCAGGCGGCUUGGGAAACUGUUUCUACAGAAGAACCCAGGCCCCAGUCAGACCCAGAAGAACCCAGGCCCCAGUCAGUCCCAGAAGAACCCAGGCCCCAGUCAGACCCAGAAGAGCCCAGUUCCCAGUCAGACCCAGACCUCACCAUCAUGGAAAAAGUGCAGUUCAUCUUAGAGCCAAGCUUGAAGGCCGAGGACUUCCGCAGUCUGACACAGCGCACCAGGAGCCUGCUGCAGGCUGGCCGGGUGUUUGCUGUGCACCAGGUGGAAGGUCAGCGCCGACGACGCGCAAGAAUAAGCCUCGAAGCCGGCCGGCCGUGCCUCCAUGCCCUGGCGGACCAUCCCCUGACACUGGGCGCGUCAACCCUGCAGGUCAGCCAGGUCGUGCCGCCCUCCCCCCCCUGCACGGUGUUCCUGGACCUGUCCUGGCCGGGCCGUGCGCCGCGCCGGGUCCACAUCCGUCUGAGCCCCGACACCCAGCGGGGCCGCCAGUUCCUGUUGCUGUGCACGGGGCAGCGCGGCCCCUCCUACCGCGGCACCAGCUUGUACUGGGUGUGGUGGAAGGGGGAGCCGGGAGAGUGGGUGUGUGGCGGGGACUACGAGAGUAAUGAUGGUAAGGGGGAAUGUGUGCUGCUGCCUGGCCUUGAGGAGGGUGAGGAGAGGAGGCAAUGCCGGGCAGGGGAUGUGUGGUGGGAGGGGAGGCAGGGUGUGUUUGGCAUCACCACCAGGGAUUAUCAGGGUGUGUGGCGUUGUUGUUUUUUCGGUGAGGUGGUGGAGGGACUGCACGUGGUGGCCGAGGCAGCCCAACACAGCGACAUGAAGGAGGUGACUGUGGUGGACUGUGGCGUGGUGCUGUAAGGGUAUACUGGCCUGCACCACCACCACCACCACCACAACAACAUUAAGGAGGUGAGUGUGGUGGACUGUGGCGUGGUGCUGUAAGGGUAUACUGGCCUGCACCACCACCACCACCACCACAUUAAGGAGGUGACUGUGGUGGACUGUGGCGUGGUGCUGUAAGGGUAUACUGGCUUGCACCACCACCACCACCACCACAACAUUAAGGAGGUGACUGUGGUGGACUGUGGCGUGGUGCUGUAAGGGUAUACUGGCCUGCACCACCACCACCACCACCACCACAACAUUAAGGAGGUGACUGUUGUUGACUGUGGCGUGGUGCUGUAAGGGUAUACUGGCCUGCACCACCACCACCACCACCACCACAACAACAUUAAGGAGGUGACUGUGGUGGACUGUGGCGUGGUGCUGUAAGGGUAUACUGGCCUGCACCACCACCACCACCACCACAACAACAUUAAGGAGGUGACUGUGGUGGACUGUGUGUGGUGCUGUAAGGGUAUACUGGCCUGCACCACCACCACCACCACCACAACAACAUUAUAGAGGAAAUUGUGGUGGACUGUGUGUGGUGUUGUGAGGGUAUACUGGCCUGCACCACCACCACCACCACCACAACAUUAUAGAGGAAAUUGUGGUGGACUGUGUGUGGUGCUGUAAGGGUAUACUGGCCUGCACCACCACCACCACAACAACAACAUUAUAGAGGAAAUUGUGGUGGACUUUGUGUGGUGUUGUGAGGGUAUACUGGCCUGCGCCACCACCAUCACCACAACAUUAUGGAGGAGAUUGUGGUGGACUGUGUGUGGUGUUGAGGGUGCUGACCUGCACCACCGCCACCACAACAUUAUGGAGGAGAUUGUGGUGGACUGUGUGUGGUGUUGAGGGUACUGGCCUGCACCACCACCACCACCACAACAUUAUAGAGGAAAUUGUGGUGGACUGUGUGUGGUGUUGUGAGGGUAUACUGGCCUGCACCACCACCACCACAACAUUAUAGAGGAAAUUGUGGUGGACUGUGUGUGGUGUUGAGGGUACUGGCCUGCACCACCACCACCACCACAACAUUAUAGAGGAAAUUGUGGUGGACUGUGUGUGGUGUUGAGGGUACUGGCCUGCACCACCACCACCACCACCACAACAUUAUGGAGGUGACUGUGGUGGAUUGUGUCGUGGUGUUGAGGGUGUACUGGCCUGCACCACCACCACCACCACCACAACAACAUUAUUGAGGAAAUUGUGGUGGACUAUGUGUGGUGUUGAGGGAUCUGGCCUACACCACCACCACCACCUCCACAACAUUAUGGAGGAGAUUGUGGUUGUUUUCUUAAUGUAUUGUUGUUGUUUUUUAUUUCCUGUAACAUCAAGAUCAGUAUAAUGUGCUGGUCAGUUUCUUGUACUAUUGAGCAUGAUGUUUUGUACACUACAGUAAUCCCUCCUUAUACACGGAGGUCAGGUUUCAAAUUAGACCGUGCAUUAAGAAGAAUCGUGUAUAACUACAUUAGACACUGGGAAAAGGCAGAAAAUUAAAGUUUACCCUCUUUUACUCAAAUUACUUUGUGUUCUUUUGCUGUGAAUUUCCCUUUUCUUCUAACACUUAAUUUUGAACGCGAACAUUAAUUGUCCGUCAUCCAAGGCUUCAUUAAACCAGUGUUUCUCUACACACAAAGGAAACAGUGUCCGCGCUGGACCUGUUUGCUGCUUCGUGCUGUUAAGUGUGUGACCUUCACGAAUGGAAAAAAAAUAUCAUUUAUGCAAUAAAAGGAGUUGAAACUGGG